AUGCUGCAGUCAACGGCCCCUGGGGUGGUGUCGACGUGGGGAGGGAAGGGGAGCCCCUGUGAGAAGGCCUGGACCACUGACAUCCAACCCCCUCCCUUUUCCCCCAUCCCUCUCUUCCCGCUCCCCACCAGUGGCGGCGUUGCUGCAUUUGCAGGCGGCGCUGCAGUCAACGGCUGGGGAGGGAAGGGGAGCCCCUGUGAGAAGGCCUGGACCACUGACAUCCAACCCCCUCCCUUCCCCCCCAUCCCUCUUUUCCCGCUCCCCCCCAGUGGCGGCGCUGCUGCAGCUGCAGGCAGCGCUGCGUUCAACGGCCCCUGGGGUGCUGUCGACGUGGGGAGGGGAGGGGAGCCCCUGGAUCUCAAGCGGGCGGGCCUCGUUGGGAACAUCCCCACCUUUGAGCUCUCCCAGUUCGAUGCUCUCACUUAUCUGGACCUGGCAGCCAACAACUUCUCUGCAUUCAACGGCCAGGCGUUCAUCGUGCAGAUGACCAGCCUGCAGCACCUGUCUCUCGCAAAGAACAACAUGAAGUGGUUUCCCACGGAUGUUGACAUGCUCACGAGUCUCACCUUUCUCGAUCUGAGCAACAACAAGUUCGACGGUCAGAUCCCCGUGGACAUCUUCCAGCUGCGCAAUCUUGAAGUUCUGUCCUUGGAGAACAAUCUGUUCACAGGGAGUGUGCCUCGCGCUCUCAGCAACCUUGUCCGCCUCAAGACGCUCAAUCUUGGCAAGAAUGAUUUCUACGGCCCGCUUCCCCAGUUCUUUGGCGCCAUGCACGACCUGGUUAACCUGAAGAUGGAUCUCAACCGCUUUGAAGGCACCAUCCCCGAAACCUAUGCCAUUCUCAGGAACCUCCGUCGCUUGGACCUGAGCUCCAACAGGAACCUCACAGGUCCUCUCCCCAGCUUCCUGGGCGAGCUCGGUCUGCUGCAGUCGCUCUCUCUGGACGACUGUGACUUCACCGGUGGGCUGCUCGAGUCCCUCUCCCGCCUGCCCUACCUCACCGAACUGUUCCUCGAGCACAACCGCUUUGAGGGGACCAUUCCCGAGGCGUACGGGCACUUCCCGCGCAUCGUGUCUCUCUACCUCAGCAACAACCGCCUCACGGGGCGCAUUCCCGAGAGCAUGUGUGGGCUGGAAACGGCGGAGCUGCUGGUGCUGGAGAGGAAUGAACUGACUGGCCCAGUGCCACCGUGCAUGCUGCAGCUGCAGGGGCUGCUCAUUCUGGACGUUUCAGAGAACUACCUCACGGGCACACUUCCCAGGGUCCCUCCUGGCUCGCCCAUGCAGUUUGUUGGCCGACAACUCCCCUGCCUGCCCAGUAGCACUGCCGGGUGGGCGAGAGGGCUUUCCUUUUCUGACCCGCGCCCACAACACACUCCCUUGCCGCCCUUCCUCCCUUCCCGAAUACUCCCUCCGUUCCCCAGCCACAUGAACAACUGCUUUGAUAACGUGGCCGAUAACUCCCCUUCCUGCCCAGUGGCAGCACCGGGUGGGGGGGAGGAGCAGAUAGGCGCCCCCAUCGACCAGCAAGGAGGUGGGCCCCCCAACCAGCAAGUCGGAAAUCCCCUCGACCAGCAGCAAGGGGGGCUCUGGUGCCACUUGAACAACUGCUUUGAUAACGUGGUCGAUAACUCCCCUUCCUGCCCAGUAGCAGCACCCGGUGGGGGGGAGGAGCAGAUAGGCGUCCCCAUCGACCAGCAGGGAGGCGGGCCCCCCGACCAGCAAGUCGGAAAUCCCCUCGACCAGCAGCCAGGGGGGGAUGUUAACCAGCAAGUGGGGGUCCCAAUUGACCGGGAAGGAGGGGGGUCUGUGAGUCAGAAUGUGGGGGUGCCACAGCAGCGACCGGGGGCCGGGAGCAUUGGGCAGCAAGUGGGGGUGCCCAUUGGUCAGCAGCUGCCGGGAGGUGUUCCUGUGCCUGGCGCCAACACCCCGCCCUGCCCUGACAUGGGUCCGCUGGUGGCGCUGCAGGCAGCACUGCGCAUGGACUCCCCAGACGCCCUGCAGACGUGGGACCAGGGGUCGGACCCGUGUGACGGCACGUGGGAGACUGAAGUUAUCUGUGACCCCAUGACCGGCCAUGUCAUCCGCCUUGAUCUCCGCCGGGCCAACCUGUCAGGAGCCAUCCCUUCAGCAGAGCUGGCACAACUGAACCGACUCACGUACCUUGACCUUGGCGGUAACGAGUUCUCAUCCUUCAUUCAGCAGGAUUUUCUGGAGAGACUCACACGCCUGGAGCACCUCUCCCUGGCAGACAAUCAGCUCCAGUGGUUCCCAACCUUCAUCAAUGCUCUCACCCGGCUGACAUCGCUGGAUCUGAGCACCAACAAAUUCACGGGCGAUUUCCCCGAAGAUGUGCUUGUGAUGCCCAACCUGCUGCACCUCAAGCUGGAAGAGAAUCACUUCUCUGGCAGCGUUCCUGAUACCAUCACGGCCCUCAGCAAGCUCCGAUCCAUCACCCUCGCCACCAACAAUUUCACAGGCCUUCUGCCUGAGUCGUUUGCGCAGCUCACGUCGCUGCAGGCCAUCAACCUUGCAGGCAAUCAGUUCGCCGGCCCUCUGCCUGCGAGCUAUGCUGCUCUCACCAACAUGGUCUUCUUCAAGGUGGCCACAAACGCUCUCGAGGGGGGAAUUCCGGACUGGCUGGGCUCCUGGCCUCGACUCAACCACCUGUCGCUGUUCCACAACAGGUUCACAGGACCCGUCCCUGCCUCUCUUGGCAACGCCAAGAACCUUGCUACCUUGGUGCUGGAUGAGAAUCGUUUGACCGGGUCCCUGCCUGACGCCUUCAGCGCGCUCACCAAUCUGGAAGCAUUUUACGCUGUGGGCAAUCAGCUGGACGGCACCAUUCCCGACUCCUACUCCAGCCUGCAGAAGCUGCGAUACAUCGAUCUGAGCUUCAACACCAAGAUCACUGGCGCCCUGCCCGAGUUCCUGAGCGGCAUUCAGUCUCUCGAGUCAAUUGCUUUCGAGGAGUGUGACUUCACGGGGUCCCUCCCUGUGGGCUAUGCCAAGCUGCCAGCACUCGCUGAGCUCUACCUGGACCGCAACAACCUGGAAGGUUCCAUCCCGGGCCUGUACGGCGACAUGCCGAACCUGGCCACGCUCUACCUCAGCAGCAACCGGCUGUCGGGGGAGAUUCCUGGAAGCUUCUGCCGGCUGGGGAAGGCCAAGACGAUUGUGCUGGCACGGAAUGAGCUGAGGGGAAGCAUUCCGGAUUGCAUCAUCAGCAACCUGAAGGAGUUGCGCCUGCUCGAUGUCUCUGACAACUACCUCACGGGCCCUGUGCCUUCCGUCCCAGCGGGCGGCCCUCUGCAGUUUGAAUUUUCAAGCAACUGUCUGGCAUCAUCAGAGGGCGCGCAGAGGAACCCCUGCCCCUCGUCGCCCGUCGCCCCCACCCAGCCUCCUCCGGACGAAGCAGCUCCCAGGCAGCCCGGAGGCACAGAGCCCACUCCUGCCGAGACCACUGUCGACCCGUCUGCCUCCUCCUCCCUACCCUCGCCUGACGCUGUUGCACUGAUGGAGAUGCUGGCAGGGCUGAGGGCAGCAGCAGGAACGGACGUGCUGCCCUCGUGGACGCAAGAAUCUGACCCCUGUGAUGGCUCCUGGGCCACGUCCAUCAAGUGUGACAACCGCACACGCCAAGUCGUGCACCUUGACCUGCGUCGUGCCGACCUUGUUGGGGACGUUCCUUGCUUUGGUCUCUCCCAGCUCAACGCCCUCACAUACCUUGACCUGGGCUCCAACAAUUUCACCUUCUUCCGCCAGGCACCAUUCUGCCAGCAAAUGACCAACCUGCAGCAUGUUUCUCUGGCAGAGAAUCAGCUCAAGUACUGGCCUGAAACUGUUGUUGGCUACUGGCCUCAGCUCACAUUCCUGAGCUUGGCAGCCAACCUCUUGUCUGGGCCCAUUCCAGAGGACAUUGGUGAUCAGCUCUCCACCACGCUCGUGCACCUCGAUCUCAUGGGCAACUAUUUCAACAGCACGGUGCCCAGCUCGAUCUCCGCCUUGCAGAAGCUCAGAUACAUCGAUCUAAGCUUCAACUCCAACCUCACUGGCCCUGUUCCAGAGGCACUCGCUAAAAUCAAUACCCUCCGAACCAUCAACUUGGAAGGCUGCAGCUUCACAGGUGUCCUUCCUGAAAGCUACUCGCGGCUGCCCUUCCUGGCGAGCCUGUAUCUCGACAAGAACGGGCUGGACGGCGCCAUCCCCGCCUCCUACGGCUACAUCCCCAGCCUCGUGAACCUCUACCUCAGCAACAACGAUCUCUCGGGGCACAUUCCGGAGAGCCUGUGCCGGCUGCAGAAGGCCGAGGCGAUCGUGCUAGAGAGGAACUCUAUAGGGGGGAUGAUUCCCGCGUGCCUUGUCACCAUGGAUAACCUCCUCAUCCUUGAUGUGACGGGCAACUACCUCAAGGGCCCAAUCCCCACGGUGGAAGCCGGCUCCAUCCUUCAGUUCCUCUACGCGGGCAACUGCUUGGACGGUCAGGAUCGCGGCAACGACCCGUGCCCUAUCGAAACGGCAACGGACCCCAAUAGCAGGCUGCCACCUGGCAGCCACCAGAACCAGCCGCUGUGGGAGAACGCACAGACCCCCGAGGAGAACGCCUGGCCGGGCACUCCCACGUGGGGGGAGGCUCAGGCCGCCGCCGCUGCUGUUCCCGCCCCCUCGGGUCCUCCAGUGGACUGGAAGCCCAUUCUCAGCUACGUCUUCUUGGCGCUGCUCUCAGUGGCGUUCGUCUUCCUCCUCUGCUCCGCCUUCUCCAUGCUCGCCAAGCGCCGCCGCUACACUGCUGUUGACUUCUCCGCGCCACGUGUCGACCAGCUCCCAGUGACAGAGUACGGGCUGUCAAAGAUCAAGAGGGCAACGAAGAAUUUCACCACAGUAUUCGGCAAGGGCAGCUUCGGCACUGUGUAUCUCGCUGAUGACUUCCUUCCCGACCAGAUCGAGCCGCGCGCCAUUGUCAAGCGCGCACACGAGCCCGAGAAAAUGACGGAGGCCCAGUUCCGGGAGAAGGUGCAGCUGUUGGCAAAGGCGCGCCACCGCUACCUCGUGUCGCUGCGGGGGUACUGCAUCGGCAAGGCAGAGCGCAUUCUGGUGUUUGAGUUCCUGCCGCACGGCUCCUUGUUCGACCGGCUUCACCGCUCCGAUGUGGAUCCCUUGCCCUGGGAUGCACGGGUGCACGUGGCAGUCAACCUGGCAUCAGCCUUGGCGUUCCUCCACCACGGCUGCGACCCGCCUCUCGUCCACCGCGCCGUCACCUCAUCCAACAUCCUCCUGUCUGCUGACAUGAGCGCUAAGCUCUCCGACUUUGGUCUUGCUCGCGGCUCCACCUCCCACGCUGCGUUCGACGAGCCGCCCCGCCGCCGCCCCAACCGCCGGCAGCGGGGAGCAGCAGCAGCGGGCCGAGACGACGCCUCCGCAAGCAGCAGCCUCACUGCUGCUGGCAGCAGCGGCGACGGGAGCAGCGAGACAGAAUCCGAGCUCCUACAGCCAGUGGUCACCCGCACUGACGCGCGGAAACUGGAUAUCUAUGGGUUCGGAGUGGUGCUGCUGGAGCUUAUCACUGGUCAGAAAGCCAUGAAGGAUGUGCAUAUCACUAGUCUGGCCGCCCCUUUCCUGGAAGAUACCCAGAUGAUGCCGCUGAUGGUUGACUCGGCUCUGGGCGGGUUUUUCAACCAAUCGGAGUUGAUCGAGCUGGCGACUAUCGCGAGGGAUUGCGUGAAAGAGGAUCCGAACAGCCGCCCGUCGAUGCUGGAGGUGGUGAGGACGAUGGAGGGGAGUAUCGAGCUGGCCGUUGACUUGUUUGACCCGCUUGACUCUGCUGACUCAGCUGCUGGGAGUGCUAAGGCUGGGACCCCGAAGACUGGAGGGGCCGGGUAUGCGGCUCUGAGUGGUGGGUCGGGGAUUGCGGGGGAUGCAAUGGGAAGUGGAGGGGUUGGGAGUGGUUCGGGGGGGAGUGGGAGGCAGGGCACUGGGGGCGGGACGUGGGCGCCUCUGGAGUUGUUUUCGGGGUCGUUUGGGAGGAGGUCGGGACGUGAGAGGGAGGGGGGAGGUGGGAGGGGAGGAGGGGCGGGACAGGCAGGGACGGAGAGGGGGGACGUUGAGAGGUCGGGGCGUGAGAGGGAGGCGGGAGGCGGGGGAGGAGGCAGGAGAGCAGGAGGGGCGGGACAGGGAGGGGUGGAGAGGGGGGACGUCGAGGCAGGGUCGUCGCUGCUGUAUAUCACUCCCAAGGAUGGGCAGCACUAG